AUGAGUCGCGUCAAAUCUAAGCAGACCGCGGCCCUGGGCCAGCGAACCGCUCCUUUGGGAAGGCAUCCAGUGACAGCGAAGCGCAAAAACGCCAAGAAGAAGGCCAUGAGACGCGCCGAGAGCAACGUGUCAGUGCUCUCACAAAACCCGCUGGCAACGUUCAGCGACCCUACCUGUAUCCGCAAGCAAUGGCUGUCCCAGCGAGGCUCUCGACGCGCCAAAGAAUUCACUGAGCUCCGCAACAAGCGCCGCUGGGUCCAAGGCCAGCUGGAGGACAAGCACAUCCAGGGCAGUACCGCUCGUGAGCUCUUGAAGCUCUACGACAAGACCUUCAUUGGCAAACCACCGGGGCAGAGGCCCGGGAUUGAAGACAUGUCCGGGGGUGCUAAGCUCGUCAAUUAG